AUGGCGGUGUACGAUGAGAACAUUGCCAAAAACCCGUUUUUCGUGGCCCUGGAGAAGCUCAGGCCCGACCUUUGCGACCGCGUGGCCCAGCUACACGGCAUAAUUCUGGUUCCAUGCUGUGGCAGUCUUGAUGGCAUCACGGUGUCGGACCUUCAUUUUGACAGCUAUGUGCUUCAGCCAGUUGAGGACGGAUAUCAGACUGCAGACGGAAAGGACGUCCGGAUCCAAGACAGGCAGGUCCUGUUUGGGUCCAGCCUUUCGCCCCAGGUGUCUGUUCCUAUCCUGUUCGAGGAAACCUUUUAUAAUGCUAGAGAGCAGAGCUACAGCAUCCUGUGCACAUCCGGGCCUGUGGAAGCGAGCGAUCGGAGCCCGGGAGAGCUAGCAAGGCUUUCGGGGGCUGUCUACCAUCUCAGGAGCCUAGAUGAGGUCAAAGAGUUCCUUGGCCGCCACAGCCACAAGCUGGACAAAUUCAUCGUCAACUUCUGUCAAGCCUUCAAGGACCACGACAGGAAGGGACUCAGGCACCACAUAGACUCCGUCCAUGGCCUGUACACAAGAUGUCUUCAGAGUGUGCUGCGAGACGCUGGAUUGAAGGUGUUGGCCAAGCAGGAGCUUCAAAUGAGUCUUCUGAAACAGGCAGUGGAGGUGUACGUCCAUCACGGCAUCCACUCUCUGAUCUUCAACUUGGUGGGAUCGCUUGAAGCCAGCCAGGAUGCCGCUUUCAACAAGAUUACCAGGAGUCUUCACGAACUGCAGCACAAAGACGUCGGCGUCAAAGCGCACUUCAGCUUCAACUUGUCUCGCGCCAAACGGGAGCUGAGUCAACUAAACCAGCAAACGUCGCCACUCCUCAAGUUGCUAUGUUUACGCAAAGUGGCCUUGACCGCCACGCGCACGUCCUCAACCUCGGCAAGCAUAGAAACCGUGUCUGCUGAUGACCUGCUGUCUGUUAUCCUCUAUCUGCUGGUCAAGAUGGAAAUCCCCAACUGGAUGGCCAACCUGAGCUACAUGAAAAACUUCUGCUUCAGCCAGUCAAGCAAAGACGAGCUGAGUUACUGUUUAAGCACCUUUGAGGCUGCCAUCGAGUACAUCAGCUUAGGAAAGCUGCACCACACGCUGUCUGGUUGCGGUGAGGGCAACAACAAGAUGAAAAUGAGCCUUGAGUUUGCGAGUGCCUCCACGCCCAUCAGCCAUUUGUUUGAGCACAUUGCGAAAGGAAACGAGGCUGAGGUGGCGCGUCUCCUGAGCGAAAGCGAGAGCGAAGAGGACAUGCGCCCGUGUCACCCUCUGUGCUCCUGUGACCUCUGUGACCUCCAACUGUCUGGGAAGCUGAACGACCUGUCUGUGGUUACGCCUUACUCCAGGGAUGAGCGAGGGUACACGCCGCUACACGUCGCCGCCAUCUGUGGACAAACACAGUUGAUUGACCUGCUGGUGUCCAAAGGAGCCCCAGUCAAUGCCACGGAUUACCACACGCUCACGCCACUGCAUCUGGCUUGUCAGAAAGGAUACCAGGGAGUAACGCUCCUGCUAUUGCACUACAAGGCUGAUGCCGACGCUCAGGACAACAACGGCAACUCGCCAUUACACCUGGCGUGCAUGUACGGACAUGAGGAUUGUGUGAAGGCUCUGGUCUACUACGACUUCCAAACAUGCUGCCUGGACCUGCGCAACGACAAAGGCGACACGCCAUUGCACUUGGCGUCGCGCUGGGGGUACGAAGCCAUCAUCCAGGUUCUGCUGGAGAAUGGCGCUAGCGUGCACACGCUCAACAACAGCGCACACACACCUGCCCACUGUGCCCUCAAUUCUAAGGUGCUGAGUUUGUUGGGGUCAUCACAGAAGAAGCAACUUGGCAGGAACAGCAGCAACUUUCGGUCAUCCGCGCGAGUUUCCCCUCCGACGUCCGACCGCAGCAGUCGCCGUUCGUCCACAUCAAGCGCUUCGUCAUCUUCGCCGGGCGGCGAGCAACGACCCGAUGUUGCGCUGGCGCGACAUCACCAGGUGGAAAAGCUGCUGCGGGCCGUGGCUGAUGGAGACGUCGAAAUGGUGCGUUAUCUAUUGGAGUGGACAGACGAAGAUGAGGCGGAUGUGUCAGCUGAGGUGUCUCUGUGUCAUCCUUUGUGUCAAUGUGCAAAAUGCGCACCGGCUCACAAGGUGAGUGCAGUCCCGUGUGGUGCAUUGUGUGUGAAGAGCGCCAACGCAGAUGGCGUCACCCCCCUCCACGUGUCGUGCACGUACGGUCAUGCCGAGCUGACGUCGCUCUUUGUCCGCCACGGUGCCGAUGUCAAUGCGCGUACUGACCACAAGGCCACACCUCUUCACCUGGCCAGCCAGAACAACCACCUGCAGGUGGUGACGUUCCUGCUGGAGUGCAACGCCAAGCUCAACAAGAAGGAUCGGUAUGGCAAUACAGCUUUGAUCGUGGCCUGUCUCCAUGGCAACCUGGAUACCGCCGCAACACUCACACAAAGCGAGGCGCUGGUCAAUGUGCGAAACCAUCAGGGCAACACGGCGCUGCACUGCGCGGUGCGGGCAGGUCACCACGCGCUAGUGGAGAUGUUGCUGAGGGCCGGUGCAUCCCCGCACUUAAGGAACAAAAAACACAGGACGCCCCUGGACACGGCAUACCAGCUAGGCGGAAAGAACGCGGAGAUUGUGCGAUCACUACAGAAAGCGUCAGGCCUUUCCCCAGAUGACGAACCUAUCAAACUUCUGUCAGUACCCAAAGGCGCUCUGGCACACUCCUUUGUUCAGCGUCUGAGGCUCAACGAUCCCGCGCGACACAAAUUGGCCGCCAGCAGGAUUCAGCAAAUGAAGAAAACUUCCUGCAGUCCAACUCGGCGCUCAGCUUCACCAGAGCAGGUCAGUCCAGAUUUGAGGAGGCACCAGUUGCGACGUGUCGGCACAGUGGACGCUAUCGGCCCGCCUGCGGGCGACGACAGUACCCUGCAGUCGAGAGGGCGGUGCCUGGCUCGCUGGCACACGCUGGACUCGGGAGAGGAAGCGCCAGAGCCCUGCAUCAACGUGUGCAUGUGGACUAGACGUUUUAAUGAAGACGAUACAGCACACGAGAGUUCAGCGGCGAUUUCAUCAUCAGACAGACGGACACUGCACGCUGCCCCGACAGAGCGGUUGCAGGACACCGCCGCUCCCUGUUCAGCCGCGAGCCCCCCGCGACAUGCCGACGCUGGGGAGACACUAAAAUGCGGUGAUGGACAAAUCCAGGACUCAACCCUCACUUGUGAUACAACGCUUUCUAGCCACAUGCCCCUUAUAUGA